AGCUAGUCUAUGGACGAAGCGAGCGAACUGUCACCUGUCACUAUCGUGUUGCGUCGUCAAUCGUCAUCGCGGUGCAUUUUGGUGCAUUUUCGCGUCGCGCGUGUAUGCGUGUGUUCAUAACGUCGAAGCGAAAAUUACGGUGACGAUUAUGUCGAGUCUCCCGAAGAAUCCGGAACGACCUCCGCAAUCGUUCAUUAAAUAACGCGAGCUGCCGGACAAAGUGGAGGGCCGGAUUAAAGCUGUAGCCGAGAAACUCUCGGAACGAGAUCGUCCGAGUCGAGACGUCGCCUCCACAUCAUUAAAUAAACAAGGAGAAUAUCAAGUAUUACGUAAAUCUAACAACACCGAAGUGGCGGCCGUACAAAGUUCCGAUAUGAAGGGAUCUAAAAGAGAUUGGAUUUUUAGAGUCCAGGUGUACAACCUGGAAAAAAAUGAAGUUGUUUAUGUAGUUGGAAAUCUGCCUGAAUUGGGUGCCUGGAAUCAUAACCAGGCUGUUCUGAUGUCACAGGAGCAUUGCAGUCGCAGGGAAUCUCCUGCACUGUUUGAUAAUAAUAGCAGUGGAGAUUUCUAUAAUGAUGAUAGGUGUGAAAGCAAUGCAACUGACAGUGUAUCUGACAGUGAAGGAGAAAAUGGACGAAUAUUCUCGCAAAAGGUUUCUCUUCCCAUCGAUGUUAAUAUCGAAUUCCGAUAUUUUAUAGCUGUCGUCUGUCAAUCAAAUGGCACUAAAAAUUCAGCUAAAACUCUAAUUAUUCGCAGAUGGGAAACUCAUAUGAUACCAAGAUUAAUUAGAAAAAAUAUACCAAGCAAUUUUGAUAAUGACAUAUUACCAGACCCUGACAAAUUUGGCUAUCACAAUAAUUACAACAAGAUUGAACGAGGUUGGCUAACAGAUGAAACUGUGAUACAAUUUAAACUUUUUAACAAUCCUAUUAAACUCUGGAAGCAUCGACUUCAAAAUAGAAAAGUUCAUAUUAAGAUGACACCUGUAAAUCUAGUUAGACACAAUUCCUUAGAAUUGCAACAGUUUGGGGGCGACUGUGUAGACGAUAGUCUUUCUAUGGAUACCCAAGAUAUUGUCGAUCAACCUGCCUUUACCAGUAUUACAGAAAUUGCUGUGAUGAACGAGGAAGAGGCCAGAUUCAAGUCCCAGGAGCAAUUCGGCCGUCCUUACAAUGAAGAUGAAUUUUUAAUCUUCAACGUUGCCGUUCGGUAUCCUGAAACAAUCGCAUACUUAGUGGACUACUACGUGUACAGCUCAAGAUGUUUCCCAGGAGAACCACCAAAUCACAUUGGUUUCAGCUAUAUCCUGCCUAGUACUUUACAACCCAGUGUUGGACUUCUUACAGUACCAAUUACUAGUACAAAACACAGACCCAUCGGACAAUUAACAGUGGAGUAUGUCGUCAUAAAACCAAUUCCGGAUUAUCCAUGGGACACAAGUAUUUCGUAUGCAAAACAUUGGGAACAACAAUGGUCAGGCUUGGAUGUAGGACAUAGAGGACUUGGCACAUCUUUCAAAUUUGAAAUGAAGAACUGCGCCAACGUACGCGAAAACACGAUCGCGUCCCUGAAAACUGCGUCGUAUCAUGGUGCAGAUAUGGUCGAGUUUGAUGUUCAAUUAUCGAAGGAUCUUAUACCUGUGAUUUACCACGACUUUUAUGUAUCCAUCUCGAUGAAACGUAAGAAGCAGAUAGAGGCUAUGGAUAUGUUGGAAAUACCCGUUAAGGAUCUUACUUUGGAGCAGUUACAUCUACUCAAGGUUUAUCACGUUGCUGAAGGCCGUGAGAAGAAUCCAAGAUUCUUCGAUGAGGAUUUGGAAGAUCAUCAGCCCUUCCCUACGUUACAAACCGUGCUUCAGGAAUUGGAACAGCACGUUGGAUGCAACAUCGAAAUUAAGUGGACCAUGCAAUUGAAAGACGGCACUUUCGAGCUUAACCAUCCUUUUGAUCUCAACAUAUAUCUGGAUAUCAUUUUGAAAGUGGUAUUGGAAUAUGGAGGUGAUCGAAAAAUUGUGUUUUCCUCUUUCAAUCCGGAUAUUUGCGCCAUGAUCCGUCUCAAGCAAAAUAAAUAUCCAGUAGUAUUUCUAACACAAGGAGUUACACUGAAAUACCCCACUUACCACGAUCCGAGAUGUCAGACGAUACCGAUGGCUAUGAGACAUGCGUUGGCCGCAGACAUUUUAGGAAUUAACGUUCACACAGAAGACAUUCUUCGAGAUCCGUCUCAAGUCAAGUUAGUCAAGGACGCGGGUUUAAUAAUCUUUUGUUGGGGCGAUGAUAACAACGAUAAGGCCACUAUCCAGCAUCUAAAGAAACUCGGUUUACACGCAGUCAUAUACGAUAAAAUCGAUGAGUAUAACGCAAAAGAAGUGAAGGAAAGUAUAUUUUUGGUUAAUGCUAGAGAAAGCCAGAAGGAGCUGAUAGCCUUGGCACAUUGCAGUCAAACACCACAAAUCUCUGCUCCCCUGAACACAGAGAAGGAGUAUUACUUGGACCGACCAUCGACAACUACAUCGCUCGCAAAGAACAACGUCGACGGCGAGAGUAUAUAUUCCGUACCGACCGACUGCGAAGAGAAUGGGGAAAUCAACGAGAUAACCAAGGAUUUUAGUACCUGUGCAAAUACUUUCGGCAAUUCGGCAGUGAAUACGAAAAACAUCUCCGAAAUUUAUGAAGAGGAUGAGACGGCAAAGGAUUGCCUUUGAUGCUUUUCUUUCAAGAAGCCCUUGUGAAUUUGAUAAAGACGUAUCACUAAAAGGAAGAGUGAUGGGAUGCGAUAACAAAAAAGAAAACUUGUUUUCUCAUUUAUGAUGCGCUAUAUUUGUAGCUGUUAAGCCAAAAUAUUGCCGAUGAUUGUUGUUACUUUAAAGUAUAAUGUGCGAUAGUACAAUACGCGAAGAAAAUUGGCCGAUUUACUUCUUUUACGAUGCGUAUUAUUCCUUCAAUCGGUCCAUUUUUCUCGCGCAUUGUACAGCGUGUGUCGGAAAAGUUUUUUAAUCGAAUUUUUUUAACAUUGGGAUCGAUAUUUUUUUAGCAAAUAUAAUUUUCGGUAUUCAUAAAUAUACUAUUCGAUUUAUUCGUCGAAAAGUACAAUUCUCAAUCUAAAUACAAAAGAUAUUUAACAAUUUCGAAAUCUUAACCAAAUCUGAGCUUUAAAGACUUUAGAUGUGCAAAAUUUAAACAUUUUAUUUUCUAUCAGAUUCAAAAAUUGAAAUUAAGCAUUUACAGAAAUAUAAUUAAGCACCGAUUUAGGAAUUUAAGAAAUUAGCAAUUUGAGGAUCCGAAUACUUAAAAGCGUAGAAAUUUAAGAAUUUAAAAAUAUAGUUUUAUUAAUAUAUAGUUUAUCAAUUAUCAGAGGAAUAAAUUAGAUUAGUUUCCUUAUAGUAAAAAUCGAAUGCAUAUUUGCCAGCAGUAUUGUUUUAUAUACAUCUUAAUACUUUCUAAUAAGGAUCUCCCAAAUGCUAAUGAAUCCGACGCAGGCUGUAGACGAUUCUAACUCCCGCAAAUCCACACUUGUGACAGGUAGCUGGCGCGGAAGUUAGGUUUUUAGUACAAAUGUCUUCAGAUAUAUAUCUUUAUUUAGAAUUGGGAAGAGAAAAAAAACAUUCACUUCCUCCGUAUUUCUUCCGCACUAUCGCGAUUCAAAUAUUGUAACACAAAUCGAGAAAAAAAUAGAUAAAAAAAGAGCAAGUCGCUUGUACUGUAUGAGCGCGCAAUGCCACUAGUUGAUAUACUUUUUACGAGCUGUCGAACGAAAAAAAAGAUGCGAAGGCAAGAGCGAACGAUUGCGCCUCACCUUUUUAAAUUGCCUUUUCGACAGCUGCAUCUCACAUUUUAAAAUCGUAAGAUAAACUAUUUUUAAUAGCGGAAACGUUACUACAGUUUUAAGGCUCCAUUUUGCAAAACUGCAAAAAUAGACUAUCAAAAUUUUGCGCUUUACUCUGGAACAUAUUGCGUACCGCCUUGUAACGCCUCCGCUAAUUUAGUAGUCAGAUAUUACGUAGGACAGGUAUUACUUCAUCUUCAUUUAUUUAUAUCAUUUAACAACGCGUGUUAUUCGAUCAGUAUGAGCACGAUUGAAGAAAAUAAAGAAAAAUCUUUUAAAAAACA